ACCAGAAAAAUGUUCUGACAUAAAUUUCUACAAGAAACAUUGGUUUUGACUGGUGGAAACCCUAUGUGGAGGCGACAUGGGCUACGAGGUUAACAGGUUUCAGACUGAGCCUGAUGAGGAAUUGAUCUGUCCAAUUUGUAGUGGUGUCCUGGAGGAGCCUUUACAGGCUCCUCAAUGUGAACAUGCUUUUUGUGGUGCUUGUAUACGGGAAUGGCUAACCCAUCAACCUACAUGUCCAGUAGACCGUAACCCAAUUACAACCAAUCAGCUGAAGCCAGUCCCCCGAAUUCUCCGCAAUCUUCUGUCUCGUUUACAAAUUAGCUGUAGCAAUUCCUCAUAUGGCUGCACAGCUCUAGUCAAACUGGAUAUGCUAUCCUCACAUUUGCAAGAGUGUGAGCAUAACCCAAAAAAACCUGUGCACUGCGACCAUGGAUGUGGUCUGGUGGUUCCCAAAGAUGAACUCAAAGAUCACAACUGUGUACGCGAGUUACGAAAUCUUGUGCAGCAGCAGCUUGACAGGAUUGGUGAGAUGCAGACUGAAAUUGCUGACCACAAACUACAGAUCUGUGAACAAAAACGAGAACUUCAACUGCUCAAGGAAUAUAUGCGGUCUAUGAGAGUUUCUAAUCCUAGAAUGAGGGAAAUUCAGUCUGAGAUGGAGAAUGCAGAUGUUGUUCGGUGGGCUGGUAGUUUGCAGCCAGCCAGAGUGACUCGUUGGGGUGGUAUGAUUUCAACUCCUGAUGCUGUGCUCCAAGCUGUUAUCAAGCGUGCCCUUAUUGACAGUGGAUGUCCAUCACACAUUGUGAACGAGCUCAUGGAAAAUGCUCACGAACGUCGAUGGCCCAGUGGAUUAAGUACAUUAGAAACACGUCAGCUAAACAGGAGGCAAUAUGAAAAUUAUGUCACAAAGAGAAUUCCAGGUAAACAAGCUGUGGUAGUGAUGGCCUGCGAGAAUCAACACAUGCCUGAGGAUCUCAUUAUGGAACCUGGACUUGUUAUGAUAUUUGCUCAUGGAGUGGAAUGAGUUUGGAAAGUUACUUUUUUUCCUUUUGUGAGAAAACAACCUUUCCUUAACUUGUAAGAUGAAGCAGCAGUAUCUCCAACAAUCGUCUACAGGCUUUGUUGUCACUCCAAUUCUACAGGGUGAAGGAUAUCCAAAAGUAUCUGAUAACAUUUGACAGACAUCUAUGAAUUUUGAAUUCUUUUGAGGAUUAUUCUGAUGGACCAGUGAAUUAACUGUCAAGGGCACUUCUAGCCUACUAUAUGCACAAGACUUCUGUUAGUCAUAAUGUUCUGAUACUCCAGGAAACUUCCACAUUUAUCGUAAAUUUUCAUUUAAGUUGUGGGUAUUUAGAAUUCACAAGAUUGUAUAUCCAUAAAACGAUAAACAGAUAAAAGUUGACAGGAUUAUAAUACAAGUGGAUUUUGUGAGCAAGAUUAUUCUGCAAAAUUAAAUACUAACACAAAUGUAUACUUUUGCUAAACUACAAAAUUUGAGCACCCCUAAAAUGUUAUUUUACGGUAUGUAUUUAAAGUUGAAUGUCUUCCCAAAGUUUAACACCAUUCCAUAGUUCCUAACAUUGACAUAAUACUUGAGUGAAGUCACAAUUGAUAUUAGUAUUGUAUUUAAUUACGUCAGAUAAUAUCU